AUGGGACUGCCGUUGUGUCCCUCCGUGUUUUCUCCGCCCCUCAUCGCAGCCGCGUGGUGCUAUGCUGCCCGUGUACACGAGGAUGGCACAUCCUCCCGCGAUGGGUUGUCUGUCUGCACCACCAUGUGGUUUGUGGCAGAAUUAAGAGGUGGGCAUCGUGACAGGCUUCCAGGCCUGGUAUCUGAGUGGAUGCUGCCCGUGUGUGUGCACCAGGGCCAGGAGGUUGGGACAACCAUUUGGGCCCACCGUGUCCAGUUCCUGGAAGAGCGGGCCCUGCCCCAGUGGGAGGCCUUCACCAUCUGGAAUGCGGGCAGGCAGGGGCGCAGGCUGUACCGCAGCUUGACCGCCGCCAGCCGGCGCAAGGUGGUUGCCUUCUGUGACGUCGAUGAGAACAAGAUCAGGAAGGGCGUCUACUGCUACGAGGACUCCCAGGAGAGGCCCAAGCCCUGUGUUCCCAUCCUGCACUUCCGAGCCGCCCGGCCACCCUUCGUCAUCUGCGUGAAGCUGGAUCUCACAGGGGGUGCAUUUGAGGAGAACCUGAGGUCUCUGAACCUGCAGGAGGGCCGGGACUUCCUGCACUUCAGCUGACAGACCGUGGCAGCCACUCCCAGCACCGUCCUGGGCCAGCAGGAGCUCUGUGAACCAUGGGCAGGAAGGGGCCCCAGUUCUGCACCUGACAGACAUCGCAGGCGCCAAGCCUGUCCUUGUGUGGCCAAUGCUGGGCCUGGCCAUCUAGGACCCUUCACCACCUGGCCUCAGGCAGGCCAGGGGCUCAGUGCUGAUCUUUUAUCCAGAACAGAAAGCUCACCUCUUCGUUCAAGAGGGAGGCAUGUGUUAAGGCUUGAAUGAAAUAAAAAAAAAUGUCACAAAUGUAA